AUGGAGCCGAUCUCGUCCUGGAGCGAGGAGCGAGUCAUGGAGUGGCUGCGAGGCCUGGACGCCCCUCUGCACCUGUACCCUGUGAGUGAAUGGAGGCUGAGUGGAGUGGACCUGCUGCAGCUGACCUCCUUGGACCUGGACAAACUGGGCGUUCAGAAAGUGGGUCAUCAGGAGCUGCUGCUGGAGGCGGUGGAGAAGCUCUGCUCGCUGACGUAUGGCCUGAGUGGAGAGAGCCUGCGCAGUCUGACAGAGAAACUCCGGGCUCUGGGCUACACGCUGCAGAUGGGAAUCCAGGCCCGAUGGAGGCGCAACAUCUACGAAGGCCGCAGCACCACCAAGCUGUCAGUGGGGGUACUGCAGCUGGUGGUGGAGCUCAUCACCUCUGCCAAAGGACUCUUCUCUCUGCUCAACAGAUAUCAGUUCUUCCAGUUGAACCAAAACUCUUGCACUCAGGACAUCUUCAGCAGCUGCCGACAACUCGGGGAUAUUGUGCACAACACUUGGGUGAGAGCAGUCGGGAAAGUCCUGAGUCAGUCGCAGCUGUUGACUUCAGAGAGAAGUGUGGCUCUGGGCCCGGCCUCGCUGGGACCGGCCUCGCUGGGACCGGCCUCACUGGUGCUGGUGUUGCUGAUGGUGUUGGUGCUGGUGUUGCUGAUGGUGUUGGUGCUGGUGUUGGUGCUGGUGUUGGUGCUGGUGUUGGUGCUGGUGUUGGUGCUGGUGUUGGUGAUGGUGUUGGUGCUGGUGUUGCUGAUGGUGUUGGUGCUGGUGUUGGUGCUGGUGUUGGUGCUGGUGUUGGUGCUGGUGUUGGUGCUGGUGUUGCUGAUGGUGUUGGUGCUGGUGUUGGUGCUGGUAUUGCUGAUGGUGUUGGUGCUGGUGUUGGUGCUGGUGUUGCUGCUGGUGCUGGUGCUGGUGUUGGUGCUGGUGUUGCUGAUGGUGUUGGUGCUGGUGUUGGUAUUGGUGUUGCUGCUGGUGUUGGUGCUGGUGUUGGUGCUGGUGUUGGUGCUGGUGUUGGUGCUGGUGUUGCUGAUGGUGUUGGUGCUGGUGUUGGUGAUGGUGUUGCUGAUGGUGUUGCUGAUGGUGUUGGUGCUGGUGUUGCUGAUGGUGUUGGUGCUGGUGUUGGUGCUGGUGUUGGUGCUGGUGUUGCUGAUGGUGUUGGUGCUGGUGUUGGUGCUGGUGUUGGUGCUGGUGUUGCUGAUGGUGUUGGUACUGGUGUUGGUGAUGGUGUUGGUGCUGGUGUUGGUGCUGGUGUUGCUGAUGGUGUUGGUGCUGGUGUUGGUGCUGGUGUUGGUGCUGGACAGCUCGACUUUUGAGAAGGAGAAGGACAUCAUCUCUGUGUGUCGGCAGCUGGUGGGUCUAUGUGAUGACAUCCUAAAGUCCAAUUCAGAACUGCUCCUGUCCCACACGGCGGAACUGGAGAGCGUCCACCUGGUGCCUGCUUCCCCUGGAGACCCCCUGGGCAUCGAGAUCACCUCCACCAGCUCCGCCAACCACUAUGUGUCUGGGACUGCCCUCGAGCCCUCUGCGGACGUCAGCCUGAGGAUCCUGGCGGGAGAUGAAGUCAUUCAAGUCAAUGAGCAGAUAGUGGUGGGCUGGAGCCGAGCCAACCUGAUCAAGAAGUUCAAGGAGAAUCCUGAUGGGGUCACUCUGGUUCUGAAGAAGGUUCCGGGUUCAAAGACACGGCACGUUCCGACUCUUGAGCUGAGCGUGACCACAGCACAGCAGGAGGAGGAGGAGGAGGUCCGCUCGGAGGCCUCAGACGAAGAGGAGGACAACCCCAGACACUCCAUCUUUGAGCGAGUGGCAGCCUCAGUGCGCUCUCUGUCCUUCAGGAGAGCCGUGCAGGGCCCCGAGGGGCCGAGGGCGGUGGAGGAGCCAGUGCUGCCCUCAGAGAGAAGCAGCGACAGAAGCCUCAGUCCCUCCCAUCUCCUCAGGCCACGGUCGGCACUCGGCGUGUUGGAGGGUCGUGAAAGAACUCCCUCCCCCCGACGAUCAUCGCCCGGGAGAGGCAGCCUGGAGGACCUCAGCUCCGGCCCAGAGAUGGUGGGGCAUACGGGAAACAAAGAAGCAAAGAAAAGUUCGACCAAAGGCAUGGGCACGGCCCUCAGCAGGCGCAGAGUGUCCUGUCGGGAGCUGGGACGUCCCGACUGUGACGGUUGGCUCUGGAAGAAGAGGAGGGACCGCGGAGUCUUCGUCACACAGAAGUGGCAGAGGUUCUGGUUCAUUCUCAAAGGACCAGCACUUUACUGGUACAUCAGCCAGCAGGAUGUAAAGGCUGAAGGCUUCAUCAACAUUUCCAGCUACAACAUAGAAAGCGCCGGAGAACACAAGAGGAAAUAUGUCUUCAAAAUGUGCCACUCCAGGUUCCAGAACUUUUUCUUUGCGGGCGACAACGUCACCGACAUGAGCAAAUGGAUCAAUUGCAUGAUCACAGCCAUCCGGAAGCACAGGACGCCGCACGCCGGACCCAGCAACGAGGAAGAGUGUUACAGUGAAACCGAAUCAGAGAGUGAGAUGUCGCCAUCUGCUGGACGGAGGAAUAAGAAAGUAAACUACAACACUUAUCCUCGUAAAAGGGACAGGAUCCAAAAGUCGCCGUUACCGAGUCCAACAGCAGGGGGCAGAAAAAGCACAGGUCCCGUGGAUGAGAUGGGGCAGAUGCUGAACAACAUAAAGGAGGGGGGCGUGUCCCUGAUGGGGCAGAAGCAGCCCUUCACCCACGACCACUUCAGGAGGUCCUUCAUCAAACGCUGCAAGAACCCGGUCAUCAACGAGAAGGUGCACACGCUGCGGGCGCUGCACAGCACGCUCAAGGCCAAAGAAGCCGAGCUGCAGCAGAUCAACAGACUCUUGGACACGUCGGACUUGAGUGCGGAGACGUAUCGAGAAUGGAAGCAACACAACGAGGAACUUCUCCACGAGAUCGAGAAACUGGCGGCCCACAAAGCCCACCAAAGUCCCACCAGUCCAGGAGGGGCCCUGGAAGCGGAGAGUCCAGGAGCCAAGACGGAAGGGGCCUUAAACCAAUGUCCCACCAAUCCAAGAAGGGCCUUGGAACCAGAGGAGGAUCAGGGGGCCUUAAAUCAAAGUCCAGGAGGAACCAUGGAACCAGAGAGCCCAGCAGAAGACCAGGGAGCCUUAAACCACAGUGAGACAAGUCCAGUAGGAGCCAUGGAGCCGGAGAGUCCACGGGCCGAGGAUCAGGGGCCCUUCAAGCUGAGGUUGUGUGACGGAGAGCAGCUGGUGGACGCGGAGCCAGAGGGCGUGGUGUCGGAACUGUCCCAUGGAUCUUUCACUGAGACCAGCCCCAAACUGGAACUCAACCUGGGCUCGCUCCAAGAGUCCAUCAACCAGGAACUGAGCGAGAUGGCGGAGAGUGGAGAGACAGAACACUACUUUUACAUUUAG